UUCACAGACGGAUACCAACAUGUCGGGGAUGACUAGUGAUCAGCUGCAUCGCUCCACCUUGAGCAUUUACUCGACCUUGAUGGAUGAGUUCAACCCGAGCCUACAGGAACUGGUCUCACUGGGUCACAGCUACGUUCACGCUUUCCAGACUCUGGCUGUAACGAGCGAGGCCUACUUCAGUGCACUGUCAAAGAUUGGAGAGAAUACCUUCCACACCAUAUCAUCACGCUCCAUGGGAGAUGUCCUGAUUCAGAUCUCUGAGAGCCAGCGGAGGCUCAUGGUGGAGCUCGACGGCGCGGUCCACUCCUUCAGGACGGAGGUCCUUCAGGAGAUGGACUCCAACAUCAGACUGGACAAAGGUUACAUAUCGGGCAGCAGGACGCACUACGAGACGGAAGUCCACGAGCAGGCCGCCGCUCUGGAGAGACAGCUGAGGAAAGGACACAAGCAGGAUUGCAGCGAGUAUAUGCAGUUCCUCAGGGAGAGCCACAGCGAGGCUCUGAAGGAGGAGGAGAGGCGAUACCGCUUCCUGUCGGAGAAACACUGCGGCCUGAUGCGGUCCAUCGCCCGCAUCAUGAAGAAGACAGGGGGAUCCCUCCAGCAGACAGCUGAGGCCUGGAGCCGGGAGGUCGAUGCCACCAGAGGACCCGAGGCCAGACGGCCCGCUGACGUCAUCAACUCUAUGGGGAUGAGGGAGGAGGAGGUGACGAGGAGCAGAGAGGAGCAGCCGCUCGGCAACGUCCCGUCGAGAGCUCCGUCUCCCCAGGGAAGCAUUUCUCGGCCUCCGGCAGUCAGAACCACGAGGGCCCGGGUGGCCCACCAGCCGGGGGGGUCCAAGCCCACCAUGCUGCCCUUCAACAGGGGGGAGAUCAUCACUGUGCUGGUCCAACAGCCCCGAAACGGCUGGCUGUACGGACGAGCCGACAGCAGUUCACGUGAGGGAUGGUUUCCAGUCACCUACGUGGAAGCAUUGGAUGAUCCUCCAAAGACAACCAGCUCUGGCUCCUCUCUCCGGAGCAGCAGCAGCAUGAGCGACCUGCUCAGCCAACCAGAAAGCAGUAGCCACAGCGGAGCCCCGCCCCCUGCACCACCUUUAUCGUCAUAUAAACAGGAUGAGAUGCCAGCGAUCACAAAACCUGAGAAAAGGACCGAGUCUAACUCAGAACACAAGAGAUCAAAACCACACGCAUCACAGCCAGAACUCUUCCCGAGGGGCACCAACCCGUUUGCCACAGUCAAGCUGAAGCCCACGUCCACCGACGACAGGUCCACCCCGCGUGUUCAUCGACGAUGACAUCAUCAAAACUAAACGCCUUGAGCUCGACGGUUCAUCGUUGACCUUCAACAUGGCAGAGUGUGUGUGUGAGUGGAGGCCGUCGAGUGUGUUCCUACUUUUUAAAACAACACUCGGUUUGCUAAGGGACACACAACGCUGGAGAAAGAGGACUGAGUAUUGGAUCGUUCACGUGUUCGCAUCAGGACUGCAUAUGUAUAUUUUUAGAUUUUGGUAAACGACAACAAACAUCGUGUUUUUAAGGGGUUAAAAUGUUUUUUAUCUUGUUUACUUUUUCAAAAUUUGCUCUGGUUUUAACAUGUGUAUGAAAGUAAGCCUGAAACAAUGUGUUGAUGUCACAUAAACUAAUAGGUGCAUUAAUCGUACCUGGUUUUAAAUCAUCAUUAUGACAUUAUGAGAUUAGAAUAUAAUGAAAAUGAUUUUUAUUUUCCAUCUGUAUUUCCAUGAACGAUGUGUUUGUGUCCAGUUGAUGUGACGAGUCAGUGCUGAGUCACGUGGAGCUCAGGGAUGGAUGUGAUGAACAAUCCUUUGUUUUUAUCGUAGUGUUUUAUCUCCACCAUGUUUCUCUGCAUGGUCUGUGUGCAGAGAAAACCCAUUAAGACAUAUUAAUUGCAUUCCUAAUUUACUUUGGAAAAUGGCUCGUGGAAAAAUGAAAAUGUAACUUCUGGCAGAUGAAUGAAAUAAAUGAGCCAAACACACGAUGAAA